UUUCCUUUAGAACUUUCUCGCACUUUCUUUUUCAUGGCACGAACGAAGCAAACUGCUCGGAAGUCCACCGGCGGGAAGGCGCCUAGGAAGCAGCUGGCGACGAAGGCUGCGCGGAAGUCCGCUCCGGCGACCGGCGGAGUGAAGAAGCCGCAUAGGUUCCGGCCAGGGACGGUGGCGCUAAGGGAGAUCAGGAAAUACCAGAAGAGCACGGAGCUUUUGAUCCGGAAGCUGCCGUUCCAGCGGCUGGUCCGCGAGAUUGCUCAGGACUUUAAGACCGAUCUCCGCUUCCAGAGCAGCGCCGUCGCUGCCCUCCAGGAGGCGGCAGAGGCGUACUUGGUCGGACUGUUUGAGGACACGAAUCUGUGUGCGAUUCACGCCAAGAGAGUCACAAUUAUGCCGAAGGAUAUUCAGCUCGCCAGGAGGAUUCGAGGCGAAAGGGCUUGAGUUUUGGACGGAUUCUACGGUUUCAAGAAUAUAUAUAUAUAUAUAUAUAUGUGUGUGUGUGUGUGUGAUGGGAGAAAGAGACUACCCAAAGAUUUACUAGCUUUAUUUAUUUUAUUAAAUUCUUGAGUAGUGAAUACAAUGGCACACUAAACAUCAUAAUAUAUGGAGUAUAAAAAUGAGUUAAGCAAGAACAAAAUAAUUGACAUGUGAGAUGCAUGGUUUUUAAUAUAAUUUUUUUUUUCAAAGUGAAAUGAUACAAAUCACAAGAUUUAAUGGUUUAUUUCAAAACCCUAUUAUGAAUAAUAAAUAAUUUCAAAUGAUUGUUUAAUAGCAACAUUUAGUACUUUAUUAUAAAUUAGCUAAUUGUGAUGAAUAAUUUUAAAAUAUAAUAUAAAAAAGAAGAUAAAGGAUAUUAUUAAAAUUAAAUUAUUGUUAUAGAGUAUAAAAUUGAAAUUGUAGAACUCAAAUAAUGAUUUAAUUGUUUAGAUUGAAGUCCAAAUGACAUUUAGAUUUCAACCUAAAUAAUUAGAUAGUUUAUUUAAGCUUUACAAUUCUACUUUUAUAUUUUAUAAUAGUAGAAUAAUUUUGAUAAUUUUUUUUUUUGUAUUAUGUUUUGGAAUUAUUUAUGACAAUUAGUUGAUUUGUGAUUGUGUAAUAAAAGUUGUUGUUGAACAAUCAUUUAUAAUUGUUUAUUAUUCAUAGUGGAAAUUUAGAGUGGAUUAUUGGGUUUGGUGAUUUUUAUUCUUUUGCAUUAGAAGGGAUUUUUUAUGUUAAAAAUUACAUAUCUGGUGUGUUAAUUAUUUUGUUCUUAAUUAUUCAUUUUUGUGCUUCAUAUCAUAUGGUGUUUGUUGUAUUAUUGUGUUCAUUCCUUACAAAUUUAAUCAAAUAGAAAGAGCUAAUGAAUCUUUGAUUUCUCUCUUUCCCCCAUCAAUAUGUUAGAUUUUCCUUGGGUUUUUUGUUUGGUACGACUGUAAUGGUUCUGAUUUGUUCUCUCAUGGCCGCCUAAAGUGAAGUUUCAGAAAUUUGCGAAUUGAAAUCUCAUGUC